GCGCCACUGACUUAUGCAGGGGAGGGUAGUUCUAAAAAUGAAUCUAGCUAAAAAACGAAAGAACUUCUCCUAAAACCCUUUUAACCAUUUCAUCUCUACAAAUCUCUAAAUUGAAGUGAUUCUUUCUGGACAGUGGAGAAGAACCAUGAAUAUGGAUCCAGCUUUUGUUGAGUUCUUGAAAGGAAUGGUGAAACCAUUAGCAGCUACUGCUGUGGUUUUGGUGGCAGUUGUUUUAUCAUUUGUUCAGAAUCUAGGAUUAGAGAAAGAAAUGUUUGUUGCAAUUGUCAGAGCUUUUCUUCAGUUAUCUGUCAUUGGAUUUGUUUUGCAGUUUAUUUUCACUCAGAAAAACUCUGGAUGGAUUGUUCUUGCUUACUUAUUCAUGGUUACAAUUGCUGGUUAUACAGCGGGUCAACGUGCAAAACAUGUUCCGCGGGGGAAGUAUAUUGCUGGAUUAUCCAUUUUGGCAGGAACGGCUGUGACCAUGUUCUUGCUAGUAAUCUUGAAUGUGUUCCCUUUUACUCCCCGGUAUAUAAUCCCGGUGGCAGGAAUGAUGGUUGGUAAUUCAAUGACAGUUACUGGAGUUACCAUGAAAAGGCUGCGGGAUGAUCUCAAGAUUCAAAAAGCUCUGGUAGAGACAGCAUUGGCACUUGGGGCAACGCCUACACAAGCAACGGUUGAGCAAGUAAAAAGGUCUUUGAUUUUGGCGUUGUCUCCAAUUCUGGAUAAUGCAAAAACAGUAGGAUUAAUAUCACUUCCUGGCGCAAUGACUGGACUUAUAAUGGGAGGAGCAUCACCUAUGGAAGCCAUUCAAUUGCAGAUUGUUGUAAUGAACAUGUUGAUUGGGGCUUCUACUAUGAGUAGUAUCAUGUCAGUAUACCUAUGCCGGCCUGCUUUCUUUACUAAAGCGUACCAGUUGGAAAGCACCGUAUUCCUUUCAGACUAGACACUUCUUGAAUGAAUGUGAGACUAACUCUGAUGCUUAUGAAAUAGCAAAUGUAAUGCAUAAACUCUGAUGCUUAUGAAAUAGCAAAUGUAAUGCAUAAACUCUGAUGCUUAUGAAAUAGCAAAUGUAAUGCAUAAACUUACUUGUGCAAGGCUCUGCUUGUAAUAACUGUAAUGAGGGUUAUAAGAGUUUUUUACAACUUGGAAGCCAAGAUUUGCAGUAGUUAUGGUAUAGAAUUUGAAUCACACUCA